ACAUUACCGACGGUACAGCUCGAUUCCAUCUGCCAUCUGGUGUGAAAUGCGUCACAACCUUAAUUAGAACCACUUAUUCACCAUACAGGUGUGCACAAGGAAUGUGGUUGUGGUGGUGGAAAUAAACGCAUUGGAGCUGAAGACAUCUGUCUGGUUCUGAUCGGUGAUCUGCAGCGGAUUACUUUUUAAGUGAUUCCAGCAAAGAAACAGCAGGGGAGAAACAACAUCUUCACAGCUAUGUUGAAGGGCCCAAUAUUGGCUGCAUGGCUGGUGUAUUUGCUGUGUCAUGUUUAUCCUGUUAAAUCCGGUGUGAUCUGCGGUGAGUCCAAAAUGACAAUAGGGGUUGAGAAGUCUAAAUAUCGUAGACUCCUUAAGUUGGAUUUACGGAUCAAUGACGCCACCAACGCCGCCUGCCGCCUCCGCUCCAACAGCACUCACUUCUUCGCUGAAGUCCCCCUCAACGGUUGUGGCACUCAGUUCGAGGAAAAUGGUGAAAACCUAAUUUUCAAGAAUACAAUCACCUUAGUCAACAACCCAACAGAUGUGAUCAUCAGGAAAUGUCUGCUGGAGCUGAAGUUCGAAUGCAAGUACCCCAAAAGUGUAAAAGUGAAACAGAGCUUCAGUGCACACAGGAAGAAUGUCGUAGAGUCGGAGAAAGGCCUCGGCACGUUCACCUACAACUUUGAAUUUUAUCCUGAUAAGCAGUUCCAAACUCCAAUUACACCAGCUUCAUACCCUCUGGACUGUGACAGUGAGCAAAAGCUUUACAUGCAGAUAAAGGUCACCUCCUCAAUUGAAAACACCGAGCUGUUUGUGGAGUCCUGCAGUGCGGCACCAUACGACAUUCCAAACUACGAGACAACCUACUCCAUCAUUGAUAAAGGGUGUAAAUUGGACCCGACGGUUAUAAAUUAUAGCCGCGCCCACGACACAAAAUUCAGGUUCAGCAUGGAUGCCUUCAAGUUUAUCGGCUUGCAUGAUCAGGUGUACAUCAGCUGUUCAGUCAUGAUCUGUAGAUUAGGAAGACCUGACACCAGGUGCUCGCAGGGAUGCAUCGAAUCCAGAUCACGGCGAGAUGAUCAGCAACAUCACCUCACAAAGAGAGAGGCUGUCACUCAGAGUUCAAGGCACUUCAUUUCCCAGGGUCCUCUGCGCUUAAGGAGAUCAGCAGAGAGCCCCAGAAGCCCAGUGAUCAACCUGAAUCUGAACCUGGUUUUCAUCGCUGGAUGUCUCCUUGCAGUCAUUGGCAUGAUCAGUGCCACAGUCAUCUACAAAGCCAAUAUAUCAAGGGUCAAAUACCAACCUUUGCCCGCAUUUGAAAGUUAAGACAGCAGCGUGUGCAGGAUACCAAUCACGUAUUAACUACAUUUGACUACAUAAAGCAAAGUCAUUAAUCUUAAAAUAAUGCUAUGCUAUGCCACAAUUGCUUCACAAUUAAUCCCUAUCAUUUCUCACAUGCAGUCUAGUCUUGGAGAAUUAAAUAACAAGAACAUGAUU